AUGCAUAUAUACAUCAUAUAUGGCAUACCCACCGACUAUGAAAAGGUCAAAAGGGUUUCGGAUUCCAUGGAUUGUGAGAAAUAUGAAGGAACCGUUGAAGUCCCACUGACAAACGUGGGAGACACUGUUGGUGUUUCUUUUUAUUUUCACUUUUCAUAUUCCUCAUUUGCAAUCUCUCUCAUGAGCAGUUGUUGUUUCAACAGCAAAUGGUAUGACAUUCUCUGGAGUGCACGGCUUCAGUUUUACCACAAACAUAGUGAAUUGCAAAGCGGAAAUGGAAGAGAAAACGACAAAAAGAAAAAAGGGGGGAAGAAGAAAGGAGUAAAAAAAGGAGCAUUUAAUAUAUAUAGAUUUUUCAGCUCUGCCUUCAGCCCUUUCCCUUGGGAGCUUGUAUGA